AUGGAACUGGAACUUGUUGAAAAACAUAUCGAACAUCAAGUUCAAGCAACUGAAUUAGUAAAUGCACUUAGUCAAUUAUCUGUGUGUUCAAUAGGCGAGUUUCAGCUGAAUAUGAAAAUUAAAAAAGCGCUUCAUCAGGCAAAGACAUCGCAACACAUUGUGCCUAUUUUAAUAGAUAAUACUAAAGAAACAACAGUCGAAUAUCGUCCAUUGAUAAUACAUCUUGAGGGUAACUACAACAGAUUGGCAUCGAAUAAACAUUCGAUUCAACAAUAG